AAGCCUCUCUCUGGAUCCCCUCUAAUCCCCCCUACAAGUAGUCCCUCGCGAACUUUUCCUCGCUCAUUUCAGUCCUAUUUUUCUUCGACGCUCCUCCUCUCUCUCUCUCUCUCUCUCCUUCCUCCUUGGCUCGAUCGAUCGACGAAUCCUUGUAAAAUUAACGGACGAAUCGCCGCCGUGUUGAAACAUUAUCACAUUCUGAUAUACCGACGGGCCUCCUUUUCUGUACGCACUUGAAAAAAGGAAUCAUGGGCAGCAGGCGCAUUCAGAAGGAGCUGCAAGAUUUACAGAGAGAUCCCCCCACGUCGUGCAGCGCCGGACCGAUCGGCGAGGAUCUGUUUCAGUGGCAAGCCACAAUAAUGGGCCCGGCUGACAGUCCCUAUUCUGGAGGAGUGUUCUUCGUCAACAUUCAUUUCCCUGCAGAUUAUCCAUUUAAGCCUCCCAAAGUCAGCUUCCAGACUAAGGUUUACCACCCGAACAUCAACUCAAAUGGCAGCAUCUGCCUGGACAUCCUCAAGGAUCAGUGGAGUCCGGCUCUCACCAUCUCGAAGGUUCUUCUCUCCAUAUGCUCUCUCCUCACCGACCCGAACCCAGACGACCCGCUCGUGCCUGAGAUCGCCCACAUUUACAAGAACCAGAGAUCCCGCUACGAGGAAACUGCCAGGGCUUGGACUCAGAAGUAUGCCAUGGGCUGAUAACUUGUACUGAGAAAGAGAAAGCAACUGCAACUCUUUCUCUAACUUAUUGGUAGGGAUACCCUGAGGUUUUCAAGCUUCGGUAUGGCAAAAAAAUGUUUUACCAUGCAUACUAGUAAUCGUAAAUAUGGUGUUGUAUUGAUCUUUUUGUAAUUGAUAAUUGAAACUCUAAAUUUGCUUUUUCCAAAA